AUGGAAACGGAUGAUCACGACGACGGUGGUGUUUUAGUUCCGCCGUCGAAUUUCUCGAUGGUUGAAGACGGGAUUUACCGAUCUGGGUUUCCUCAACCCGAGAAUUUCAGUUACCUCACGACCCUAAAUCUCCGUUCCAUCAUCUAUCUGUGUCCUGAACCAUACCCAGAGGAGAAUCUGAGGUAUCUUGAGGCCAACAACAUUAAGCUUUUCCAAUUUGGAAUCGAAGGCAAAACGGAUCCAAUGCCAAAAGAUACAGUUUUGGAUGCUCUCAAAGUCUUGGUUGAUGUAAGAAACCAUCCGAUUCUCAUACAUUGCAAACGCGGGAAGCAUAGGACAGGUUGUUUAGUGGGAUGCUUGAGAAAAGUUCAGAGCUGGUGCUUGUCAUCGGUGCUCGAGGAGUACCAGAAGAACGCAGGUGUGAAGUGGAGGCAAAGGGACUUGAAGUUCAUCGAGACAUUUGACAUAGUGAGCUUGAGGCAGUGUCUCUUGAGCAUUAUGUAUCGCUAUCACGGUUAUGGCUUCAAGAGGAAAAGGCUCGUCUUUGAAGAAGAAAAUGUCCAGAAACCGCAGGCUGCUAAAGUUUGA